AACACCUAUAAAUAGUUUUUCUAAUUCUUAUUUAAUUCAGCUAGUUAUUUGUGUAUUAGCAAUGGCAGAAGAAGAGCAUUACGAUGACGUAGACAUAUCAGAUAUAAUCGAUGAAUCGGAACACUACCUUGAGGCGGACCAUCAGCAUGCAGAGAUCGCAGAAAUCACAGACUCGGAAAACAUAAACACGAUACAGGACUCAGAAAUAAUAAACUCUGAAGAGCAAAUUACUGACGAGAAGAAGGCUCCGGUUCACAAUAAAAGCGAAAUUGUACGUUCCACAAGGUUGCCGAUAGCUAGGAUUAAGAAUAUUAUGAAAAUGGACCCUGACGUCAGUGUAGUGUCUGGAGAUGCAGUGUUUCUGGUCACUAAAGCCACAGAAUUAUUUCUGGAAACUAUAGCAAAGGAAACAUAUGCAUAUACAGCCACAAAUAAACGGAAAACGAUUGCAAAGAAGGAUCUAGAACUCGUCAUCAAUAAAGUGGACUGCUUGUGCUUCUUAGAAGGUGCUAUGGACUUUUAAAAUAGUUUGUAAUUUAGGCUAGGAAUGCUGCAAAAAGAGGUUCCAUUAUUUUACACCCCAUUUUCGUUGUUUUUGGCAUCGAACAAGUAAUGGAACUUUGUAACAUUAGCAUGUAAGAUAAAUCAUGCAAAGAUUUUUUUCUAAUACAUUUUACUAAAAUCUGU